AUGGCGCAGAAAACACAAAAUGCCAGCAGUUCUGAGGACCAAUCUGCCAGCGCCACCCCAUCCGCUCAAGACGCCUCGGAUUCCGCGCAACCUUCGACGUCGGGCGCAUCAACCUCCAAGGCAUCCUCCGCCGCCCAGAAGGCGAAUCUGACUGAGCUUGACGCUGCUCUGCGCAACUCAUCUCAACCCAUGGCCAAGUCAUCAUCAUCUGGCUCAGACCUUGCUGCCAAGGACGCCGCCAUGGAGGCGGCCAACCCCUACGGAACGCGCUCGCGGAAUCGCACUGGAUCUUCGCGCCCCAACUACGCCGAAGACAGAGACAUCGACGUUGACAUGUACGACGACUUCCCCGAAAAGAAGGAUCAGGAGUCCAAAAAAUCGGCGCGUCACAGUAACGUGUCAGCGACUUCCGCACAGGAGCCUCCGCGUUCCAACGGCCCAUCCCGCAAAGCUCUCACAUCCGACGACACCAAGGCCGUCUCCUCACAAAAUGGUGCCAAGGAUCCGCAGCCCGCCGCCAAUCCAGCUCCGACGGCACAAACAUCCAGCUCAUCGGCGACGACGCAGCCCACCAAAAAGCGCAAGGCCACUUCUCAAGCUGCAUCACAGGCACAGGCAGCGCCGUCCGCCGCUGCAUCGCGAAAAGCCGCGUCAGGUCCCUAUGCCAGCUCAUAUGCAGAGACGAACAUGCUCAGUUUCGAGAGUUGUGGCGCGAACCCCAAGGAUGGAAAGUUGGUGGCGGAUGACGGGACUGUACUAGCACCAAAUGACAACGUCUACCUCGUGUGUGAGCCCCCAGGCGAGCCUUACUACCUAGGCCGCAUCAUGGAGUUUCUCCACGCGCAGAAUGACAACACCAAGCCGGUGGAUGCACUUCGCAUCAAUUGGUUCUACAGACCAAAGGACAUUGGAAAAAAGGUCAACGACACUCGCUUGGUGUUUGCGACGAUGCAUUCCGACAUCAGUCCUCUGACGGCAUUGCGAGGCAAAUGCCAUAUCAAGCAUAAGGCUGAAAUUCCCAACAUGGACGAGUACCGGAAAAAGUCAGAUUGUUUCUGGUAUGAGAAGCUGUACGACCGCUACAUCCAGAAGAAUUACGACCUCAUCCCCACGUCCACCAUCGUGAACGUCCCCGAAAGGGUGAAGAAAGUGUUGGACGAGCGCUGGAAAUUCGUUAUUGUGGAGCAGGGCCGCGGAAAAGAGUUCACUAGCGCGGUGAAGUCCUGCAAGCGAUGCAGCGGCUACUGUGCAAGCAAUGACUCGGUCGACUGUGCUGUGUGUAAGAAGACAUAUCACAUGAAUUGUGUCAGGCCACCGCUGUUGAAGAAGCCCUCAAGAGGUUUCGCCUGGUCUUGUGCUGCAUGCAGCCGCGCGCAGGAGCGCAAGUUGGAGGCUCGCCACACGCCAAAUCUGCUGGAUCCCGCCGGCGACGACGACGAUGAUUUGUAUGAUGAUGAUGACGAUGAAAUGCAAAUCGACACCGAGCGAACCAGUCUCGCCGACGACGACGAGCACCGCACCGGCACGGCUGAGCAGAUUUACCAAGCGAGUCUUUGGCCUUGGCGAUAUCUUGGAAUGCACUGCAAGCCUGAGGAUGCACUGGAUUACGAUGAUCGCAUUUACCCACGCGCCAGCACCCGCAUUGGCCCGAAGCAUCAAGCCAACGUUCUCCCCUGGCCUGGUCAGCCCGUGCAGUAUCAGAAGCCUCUGGAGACUAGGAGGCAGGGCAAGAAGGGACCUAAUCUCUCCAAGGAAGCCCAGGCAAAAUUGGAGGAAGAGAAGCUCAAACGCGAAAAUCGGCCGAAGUGGGUGCAAGACGAACCCCCCGGCUAUGUGGCGAGAGGAGAGGAUCUCGACAGUGAUGACCCGAAUGCGACGUCCACGCGGAUUUGGAUGCCUCCUGCGGAUACGGAAGCCAACCAGGGCUGGGAAGAUAAGCUGGACAAGUACAUGGAAAAGGCUGAAGAGCAGGCACCCAAGUUCAAUCUUCCCAAGAACUCCACUAACCUGCACGAUGUGGCCCUGGAGACGUAUUUCAACAGCGGCUACAAUUCGGACCGAGCCCUCAAACUAUUUGCAGAGACCGACAAAUCAGCCUUCAAGGAGCCCGACCUGACCGCUACUGAGCAGAAGAGGUUCGAAGAGGGUGUGAGUAAGUAUGGAUCUGAGCUCUAUCUGGUUAAGCGACACGUCAAGUCUGUUUCGCCAGGCACGAUCGUCCGUUACUACUACACGUGGAAAAAGACGCCUCAGGGCAAACAAAUUUGGGGCAAUUUCCAGAACAGGAAGAGCAAGAAGGAGGCCAAAAGGGCGGAACAGGCUGCGAGCAAACUGCAGGACGACAUUGCCGACGACGCUGACGAUUCAGCCUUCGACGCCGAAAAGGCCCAGACCAAGAAGAAGGGCUUCUGUUGCAAAUUUUGUCACACAAAGUAUUCCCGACAAUGGAGGAGAGCUCCGAACGCUUCCGGAACGCCAGUCACUGAGACUGGAGGCAAAUCCUCAAACAAGGACAAGGGCGGCCAGUACAUCCAGGCACUUUGCCGCAGGUGCGCGGAGCUGUGGCGGCGCUAUGCCAUCCAGUGGGAGGACGUCGAUGAGGUUGCGAAGAAGAUCGCGCAAGCCGGUGGUAAAGCCUGGAAGAAGCGCCAAGACGAGGAGUUACUCAAGGAGCUCGAGGCCGCCAAGGAAAUGCACACCUACUGGAACACGCCGCCGCCCGUCAACACCCCAGAGCCACCUGCAGCCGCCGUUGCCGCACCCUCCAGCGAGCCGCCACGCAAGAAGCUCAAGGGAGCCGCCCCCGACCGAGACUCAGAGCCAUUGGCGUCCGACUCUGCACCCAGCCACCCGAAGAAGAAGGAGAAGGCUGCCGAGAAGCCUGCGCCCCCGCCAGCUCCCGAGAUCCCUAAGGCGCGGACCAUGCCUUGCGCGAUUUGCAACCAACUAGAGCCAUUGGGAGAUCAGCAUCUGUCUUGCAAGGAAUGUCGCUUGACGGUCCAUCGCAACUGCUAUGGUGUUGUUGACAAUAGGAAUCCUGGUAAAUGGGCUUGUGAUAUGUGCGUCAAUGACAAGAAUCCUCAAAUCUCUAUUCAAUACAAGUGUGUUCUGUGCCCUAUUGAGCAUACAGAACAUGACUUUGUUGAGCCGCCCAAGAUCUCUACCUCAAAGAAGAAGUCAGAGAAAGAAAAGGAGCGGGAGAGGCUUGAACGUGAACAAGCACAGAAAACUGCCGACUACUACCGAAAGAAGCAGGAGGAAACGAACCGACCAGUGAACCCUCGGGAGCCCCUCAAGCGCACCGCCGACAACAACUGGGUGCAUGUCACCUGCGCUGUCUGGACCCCUGAAGUCAAGUUUGGCAACGCCAAGGCUCUUAGUCCCUCUGAGGGCAUUCCUUCUAUUCCUCGCGGCUACCUCCUUGGAUUUGACAUUACGCCCGUUAAGGGGUCCCGCAGAGACCAGUUCAACCUGGUGACUAUUAACGGCGAAAGCGGUGUCCUGUCCGCGACAGUUUGGUGCAAGGACCAUGUUCCAACAAAGUCCAUCGUCCACCGAAUGCACGACAUUGUCAACGAGGAUGGGCUCAAUGCCCUGCAGCUCUACGUCCAAAGCUACAAGCAGGCGGAUCUCACUCUGACUGGUACUGUUCGGAAGGCCAACCUGAUGACAAAUGCUGCGAAGAUGGGCAGUGUGCCUGUCACUCCGGGUGCUCGACGAGCCUCAACCACAACUCUCCCAGUUAAUGGUGUUUCCCACCAAGCAAACAGCGAGACAGCCCACGAUCACCAGGCUGGAGAGAAGAUCUGCAUUACUUGCGGUAUUGAUGUCAGCCUCAAGUGGUGGCCCAUUGAGAAUUCUGACGAGCGAGAGCUUACCAAUGGCCACUAUGGAAGUCUCGGAUCGGAGGCUCAAAAGUUCGUGGAGCAAAGAAAGUUCCAAUGCCACAAGUGUCGUAAGGCCAAGCGGAAGCCCAAUCCCCAUCCACCGAAGGAUCCUUCUCCCGUCGUUGAAGCUGCACGAGUGGUGCCUCCGCCCCUCCCAGUGGUUCCGCCACAUCAUGCUCUUGCUGCACCCCCACCGGCUUUGAGAAGCCCUCCCACGACCGGCCCAGAGGCUAGAGCGCGCAGUCUCUCGGCAUACGCCUGGGUGGCCCCGGCACCAGCUCCGGUUGUUGCUGCCGCCGCUGCCGCCAAUGUCCCGCGACUCACCAGCCUUCUGGCCCGUAUGGCCAUCCACCUCCGGGGCCAAGAUACGACUGGCAUGGUCGCGCUCCUCAACACAACUCGCCGCCUCAGCGACAUCCGCCUUUUCAACCUCUGUCUACUCUGCGCCCGCCCCCGAUGGCCGUACCACAGACGCACCCUCCAUUGCCAACGGGUGUUCCAAAUGGGCACAUGGGCCAGCCAGCGCCACACGGAAUGCCGCCUUCUCCUCUCAUGGCAGGCCCUAUUACUCACGGACCGCCGUAUAUGCACCCUUACCGGCAGGACGCUCAUGCGCCACCCCAUGGAAUUCCCAACGGCGGACCGCCCCAAAGAGGCCCCGACUCAUUUUCGCGAGGACUGUUGCCCCAACGAGCGCCGUACGCCAGUAGCCCUCCGGGACAUGACGCGGGAGGCCCUCUGA